AUGGUCCAAUUGGCUUCACACCCUGCCAAAGCUGGCUCAGGCCAGCAAUCGAUCUUGCCCCUCAUUUCCGACGAUCUGAAGUCCGCAUCACACCAUAGCCUCGCCUCCCCAUCGGAACGCCGAGGGACCAGGACAGCACAGUCCACACCUCUGCACAGUCGCGAAUCAUCUGCUGCUCGAGGAAGAGCAGCUGAUCCCUCCACUCUCGCCCCUAUCCAACCACGACGCGGUCAUUCCGGAUCCAAGAGCCCCGACGUACCCGGCGGACGUCCAGGAUAUGAAUCAGGAUUAGAAAGGCGGCCUUCCAACUCGUAUGGUCAUCACCGGCAGACCUCCAUCGUGCAUGGCGUGCAGCAUUCCCGAAAUACGAGCAUGGCCGGAUCAACUACUUCCACCAGCCCUUUGAGCCCGGAGCUCAUGGCCUCCCUCGGUCGCGGUGCGUUUGACGAGGCAACCCUCCCCGCGAAAUUCGAUCCCCUCGAUAUACACUCCGGCUUUUCGACCCCAUCCGGUACAUCCGCAAGUCAUGGAUUGCCGCCCACGUUGAGUACGAUUCAGGACAAUGAUACAGAAUUAAGAGAUCUGAGCCCCGCUAUCCUAAUUCACAAACGAAUGGGCUCCGGGGGAAAACCAAGGCGCGAGCGGUCACAUAGUCGGUCACAGUCCAAACAUCACUCGGACUCCAAGACGGUUGGGGAAUAUGCAUUGCAUCAUCUGUUCAACUCCUUUGUGGGCCAGGCAGACAACAAGAUCAAUCAGGCCAUCAUGAAGUUGGGGACAUCCGAGGCUCCUGUGGAGGAGGUUUGCGGCCCCGGAGCAGAUCCAACGUUUGAUCAAUUGAUUUCGGCCUUGGGCCAUAUUGCCCGACAGAAGCCAAAACCUUUGAUCGAUACAAUUAUGUUUUGGCGCAAGGCCAAGGGGGAUGCUGCCAUUACAGCGAGACAAAUGAUGAACGAGCAAAGGCCGUCUCCAGUAGCCACAGAAAGUGGUCCCCUUUUGCGCCGCAACACCGAGCCAACGCAACAUGCAGAUCCUGCUACUACUGCAGAACGAGCACAGCACUCGACGCCCUUCCUCAGUCGUCCUGAUGAGGUCAUUUUGGUAGAGCGGCGGGCAACCGUGUCGGUAUACUUAGUCUGUAGAGUCUUGAUUGAGAUCUUCAACCAGAGUAGCUUGGCUUCCAUCACUUUGGACAUGGCGGAACGCCUUGAAGACAUAGUGUUUGGCCAGGUGAAGACCUCUGAUCCGGACCAGAUCUCGGCCUCCCCUCUGCGGAUGGCUAAUUGGAGAAUCUACGGCCAGUUGCUGGGUAUUAUGGGGGAUACUAAUUUCGCUGGUGUUGCCGGUCGUUAUUUGACAGAACUCGAGCGCUAUCAAAAGGAGGAAAUCGCUCGGGGACCAUCUCGUGACGGUGACUCAAAGGCAGAAUUGUUGAUCCUUUGUAUGCGAUAUCUUCGUUUGCCUAUGACCUCGGAGGGGUGGCCUCAAUCGUGCGAUUUUAUGCGAUCGGUCGCACGCUUGUUUGUCAAUGCCCACGGACAGCGUAUCAAGCAGGCAUAUUGCUACGUGAUUGAGAAGCUUCUGCUUCCUGUUGCUGCCAAUCCGAGCUGUGAUCUAUCAUUGCCUCGGUGGAAGGAAUUUGUGGAUUUGGUUCAACCGCGCCUCACACAGCUUCUCACUAAGCCUCGUCACUGGACAUCUUCCUUCUCGUUAAAUGUGCUAUUACUUUGCAUCUCCAACAAAGAGACUUUCUCUUCCCAAUGGCUUUCAAUGAUUACGAGCUUACCUGCACGUCUGAAGGACCGCCCUACACGUGCACCAGCCCUCCACGCCAUCUGUCGUCUAGUCUGGACUUAUUUCUUCCGUUUCUCGGACUCCCCUACAACGACUCUUCGCAAGGUCGAAGAAGUUGCCAAGAUCGCCUUGCCAGCCGGCCGGAAAACGUACUUGAGCGCAGAGCCAGUCUUUGCCGAUCCGUUGAUCCAGUUGAUUCAGAUAAUUGGUUUCAAGCAUCCGGAUGUCUGUUUUCGUAACAUUAUCUUCCCUUUGAUCAACUCUGAUCUGUUCCUAUCUGGCAGAGAGUUGAAGAUAGAACAGAUGGAGCCAGAGAAAAUGGUCAUUGGAAUCCGGGCCUUCCUGGCUACAAUGUCUGAUCUGGAGACUAGUGACCAGUUAUGUCCUCCCAUCCCGACUGGAUCACUCCCAAAUCCCUUCACCGACGUUUCUACCCCCGUAUAUUUCCAUCGUCCUCAGCUGCUCAAAGAGUAUAAAGGGCCUCGUUCAUCUGAGCAGCAAGAUCCGACGGCAUGGCAACCUGUCAAUACCUCGAGACUAAGUGAUAAUGUUAAGGAGUAUUAUUGGCGCUUUUGCGAAGUCUUGGGCAAGAUCACUUUGCUCUGUGAUAACACAUUCGGUGGACAGGCAGUCCUGGAUGAGAAGUUUGGGGGAAGUACGCCCAAGACUCCAAUCUCAGAAGCAUUUAGUUUCGGCCGUCGUGGUGAUGAUCAUGUCACAACACUGGAUCAGAAGCAAGGAUUCUACGAUCUGCUUCAUGUGGCAGUACAAGCACUCCCUCGUUGCCUCUCCGAUCACAUUCCAUUUAAUUCGCUCAUCAAUCUCCUUUGCACGGGAACUGCCCACGUUCAGUCAAACAUCGCUACUUCCUCGGCGCUCUCUCUAAAAGCCAUUGCGCGCCAAUUACACGCCCAACAAGUUACUAUCGGCUUUGCUAGAUUUAUCUUUAAUUUUGACGAGCGCUACUCGACUAUGUCAGAUGAAGGAAUGCUCGGUCCGGGCCAUAUUGAAUCUACCCUGAGGCUGUACGUUGAAUUAUUACAGAUCUGGAUCGACGAGAUCAAGCAAAAAACAAAAGGCGCGGCAGCCAUGGAUCAAUUAGAAAGAUCCGUUUCCGGUAAUCGAGCUUUGCAUCUUGAUUUAUCGAGUGUCCUCGCCCAUGUAGAGGAAAUUGAGUCGCAUGGCCUCUUUUUCUUGUGUUCUCAGUCCAGGCGUGUUCGAGCUUUUGCCAUCACCGUUUUACGGUUGAUCACCGAGUUUGACAGCGCUCUUGGAAAAGAAAACACCAGAAUCAUUCAGCUGCUUGAAGCUGAUUCUCAGCAAAUAUUGGAUGUUAAUGAUGAACAUCUGACUGUGGCAGAGCGAAGCCGAAUCCAGAAGGGCAAACGAACAAGCGCCUCUCAAAACACUCUUAUCGAAUUGUGUAGCAGUGAAGUAUCCUAUGAUUCAACAUUGUGGGCUAAGGUCUUUCCCAACAUCAUCCGCGUCAGCUUUGAGACUUGCCCUUUCGCUGUAACCCUCGGCAGAGAGAUUGUAUGUGCGCGUCUUGUUCAAAUGCACAAAAUCAUCACAUCUCUAGCUGAGAGUACACGAUUUCCACCAUACGGUCCUAUCGAUGCGUAUCAGAGCCGCCCUAUCGGGAGAAAUAAUGUGACAUCCGAGAUUCUUGUCGAGCAAUGGAAGCUUUACUUGGUCAUGGCCUGCACUACUGUCACUAGCGUUGGGGCUCAGUCGCAGAGCCAGCUGGCCAAUGCCCAGCACGCACGUAAAACUUCCAAAGGAGCCCAUCAGUCUCAAGACAAGAUCAGCUCCGCUCGGAGCCUCUUUGCCUUUGUUAUCCCCCUCCUUUCUGCCGAGCGGGAUUCUAUUCGCGACGCCAUCGUCGUCGCCUUGGGAUCUAUUCAUCAGAACCUCUAUCGCACGCUUCUCGAGUCUUUACAGUAUGCCGUUACUACUUGCAACGAAGAGGCGAAGAUGAGAAUUGGCAACCAUUACCGCAGCCCCAGCAGUCCUCGUCGAAACAGGAAAACCGACCGUCUGCGCACUGAGGUCACCAAUGUUUACAAACUCACAUCUCACUUCCUUCAAGACCCAGAAGUCUACAAUGACGACUGGAUCGUUAACAACCUUGUUACUUAUGCCAAGGAUAUCCGAAUCUUCCUCAGUGAUGCGGAAGUUCAAAAUGACUGGGAAUUCCAGCGCUUGCGAUUCCAUUUCUGUGGAUUGAUGGAGGAGCUUUUCGAAGGCAUCAAUCGUACCAAGGAUCCUUUCCGCUGGAUGCCUUUCGAGUCUCGGAAAUCCGCUUUCUCUCUCAUGGAGGACUGGUGUGGAUAUUCGCCAAACCAGUCUCAACCAGCUGAAAGUGAAGAUCAUAUGCGCAAGUUUUCUAUAAAUCGACCCCACGAAACAGGUGAGAUGAAAAGCCCCGCUGCUGCCAUGGAAAAAGAGAAGAAGAAUCUCCGCGCAGCAGCCUUGAGUGCAAUGGCCUUUCUUUGUGCUGGUCCUAUCAGCAUCACUACUGAAAGCGGCUCUGUUCUGCAAUUUGAUGUCAGUCGCAUGCUUUCGUGGAUUGAAAUGAUCUUUAGUACCAUCAGUGAUAAAUGGCAUGCCAUUGGCCGCCGGGCUCUCAAAAAUCUCAUCAUCCACAAUCAGGAACACUCCUACCUAAUGGAGCGCUCAAUUGAGAUGUGCUAUAUUACCGAGCGACCCAGGACUAUCGAGAGCUACUUUGAGGUCGUUACUCAAGUUCUUUUCGAAUACCCAGAGUAUCCUCUCGCAUUUUGGAGAGUUCUGGGGGCAGUCUUGGUGACAUUGGGCAAUGAAAAGCGUGAGAUUCGGAUGAAGUCUGCUAAGCUUCUCCGCAAACUCGAGGAACGCCAGCAAAAGAACUCCAGGCUGCAAGACUUCGAUAUCAGUAUUUCGGACAAGACUACUGCGGUGUACAAGCUCGCCCAAUUUGAGAUUUCGAAGAGAUUAGCUAGCCAGCAUUCCGACUUGGCCUUCACUAUCUUUUCGGAGUUCUCUUUGCAUUUCCGCAAUCUUCGACCUGAUAACCAGCGGAACAUGGUUGCUGCUAUCCUGCCCUGGGUCCAGACAAUGGAAUUACAGGUUGACCCGAAUGGCGGGCCUACAGCCAAAUCCUACAUGUUGCUGGCGAAUCUCUUUGAGAUAACAAUUCGUUGCAGUACCAUCCUACCUAAUCAAGUGCAAGCGCUGUGGCAGGCUUUGGCAACAGGCCCACAUGGAGGUAAUGUGCAGCUGGUUCUUGACUUCAUUAUCAGCAUCUGUCUGGAACGCAAGGAACAAAACUUCGUGGAAUAUGCCAAACAAAUGGUCGUCUUCCUUUCUGGCACUCCAGCAGGAUCCAAAGUCAUCGAGUUCUUCUUGUUGCAGGUCGUGCCAAAGAACAUGGUACAAGAGCGGAAAGAACUCACUCCGCCUCCUCCUGACAUAAAAAAUCUACCAUACGUUGCAGACCUUGGAACAGUGCUCCCUGUCGGAAACAAACAAGCUGGUCUAUCCCUCGGACAGGUUGCCCUGAUAUUUCUCGUUGAUCUCAUGGUCGCUCCGGUGAGCCUCGCCUUGGAGGAUGUUGUCAAGCUGAUCCACAUUGUUCUCAUCCUUUGGGACCACUAUACAGUUACUGUGCAGGAGCAAGCUCGUGAGAUGCUGGUACAUCUUAUCCAUGAACUGAUAGCGGCCAAGCUUGAGGAUGAUGCCCCUGCGGGUGCUCGGCAAUCUGUCGAAGACUUUGUGGAAUCAAUUCGGAAGAGCGAUCCUGCGGUUGUUUGGGAAUAUGAAGAGAAUCAUGGCAAAGAGGAAGACGCGGAUGAUCGCCGUGUGCCUCCAUCUAUGGCAUCUGUCACCCGUGAAGUUGUCCGAUUCUUUGGUUUUGCCUAUGAGGGAGUGGGCGACCUGUGGGCCAAGGAGGCAUUGAGCUGGGCCACGUCAUGCCCGGUGCGACAUCUGGCGUGCCGCUCGUUCCAAAUCUUCCGCUGCAUCUCGACCUCAUUGGAUCCGCGAAUGCUGGCUGAUAUGCUCGCCCGCCUGUCUAAUACUAUUGCCGACGAGCAGACAGAUUAUCAAACAUUCUCGAUGGAGAUUCUUACUACCUUGAAAAUCAUCAUCAGCUCCCUGGCGCCCACCGACCUCCUGGAUUAUCCUCAGCUGUUCUGGACGACAUGUGCUUGUCUCAACACAAUCCACGAGACCGAGUUUAUCCAAAGCAUUGGCAUGCUUGAGAAGUUCCUCGGUCGGGUCGACCUCAGUGAUCCAGUUGUGGUGACCAACCUUAUCAAGGGCCAACCAUCCAAUUGGGAAGGCGGCUUCGAUGGUCUCCAGGAUCUUGUCUUUAAGGGAAUGAAAUCAUCCCAGUCCUUCGAUCGUACACUUGAUCUUCUACACAUUCUCAGUGGUCUUCCAAACAAUGACCUAAUCGGAGAUGGAACUCGACACUUAUUUACUGUGUUGGCUAAUCUGCCCCAUUUCCUUGAAUGCUUCGAGCAAGGAUUCAGUGACCCCAAGCCAAUCGCUCGGGCUAGCAUACUUGCUCGCGUGGCUGAGAAUGAGCGGUGUCCCCGCCUCGCGGCAUCAUUGUUCGGCUUUGCCAACCAGCAGUACAAGACCGCGGGUGUCUUCCUCAAUCAUAUCAUCACCGAAAUCAAGUCAUACUACUUCCCUCAGCUGGAUUUCCAGUGUCUCAUCUUCCUCAUGGGACUCUUGACUAACACUACAGACUGGUUCCGCCUAAAAACAAUGAGAAUUCUUUGCGUUCUGAUUCCCGAGGUGGACAUGCGGCGCAAUGAGGUUACCUGUCAUGGUCCGGAUUUGAUAUCCCCACUGCUCCGGCUUCUGCAGACCGAUCUAUGUCCUCAGGCGUUGGAGGUUCUAGACCAUAUCAUCACCGUCUCAGGUAAUCCGAUGGAGCGUCAACAUCUUCGCAUGAGUAUGGCUUCAGCAGCCUCUUCUCGUGCUAUCCGCAAAGAAUACGAGCGAAUUCAGAGUCUUUAUGGCAUUCCCGAACCUACUGGAUGGUCUGUUCCUAUGCCCGCUACGCAAUCAAGCAUGACCCGGCAUAACGUCCAUGCGGUCUUCUACACCUGCGUUGAGGCUGAAGACAUGCCGGAGGAAGAUGUCAUGACACCUAGCGUCGCCUUCCAUGCGGACGAGUACAGCGAUUCGUUCUUCCCAAUGAGAGCUGAUACAAUGAAAUCGAUUGACACGCAGGUCGACGGCAAUAUGGGAGACAUCGUGCAGAAGCUGGACAGCCUAGAUGACUUCUUUGAAGAGACCGAUGCAACCACUCCUGUGCUGGGUCCCACAGCUGCUCCCAUGCUGCGAGGAUUCACCGGUAGUUACUUGGAUAGCAAUGCCCAUCUGUACGACCAGCAGACCGCACCGAUUCUACGAAAAUCCCUCGCCCGCACAGGCUCUACAUCGUCUUUCCAUAAUGGUCUUGCUGAAUCUCGUCCGCCCAAUUUCCGCUUUGAUGGCCCGGCGGUGUACUCCCCGGUAACGACGAUACCCUCGAACGCCGCACAAAUGUUACGACCUGGUUCUCAUACCCGUUCUGUCACUUCUCCUGCCAACAAUCUUUAUGUUCACACUGCUUCCAAUGUACCCAGUACCACGUUGCCUGUUGGAUUUAGCGAUUCGGCGUUCUUGUCUGACGAGGACCCUGAUGAGGUUCAUUCAGAUCUAGAUGAACGUCCGGUGACAAAGAGGAUAGUUGUGCCGCCUGUACCUAUGGUCCGCAGUGCAACUGAUGGCCCGCAUUCCCUGGAGUCAAUGAUCCGCAGCGGAAUGCGCAGGUUGACUGGCGGUGCAGCGAACAGGGAAAAGGAGCGUCAGCGGGACCUCCUCCGCGCACAGCACCGCGCCAUGAUGCAAACGGCCAAUUCACCUCGUGUCCCGAAGGUCCCUGAGGAAUAUCUGUCGGCGCCAACCAGUCACCCGACAUCGCCGAGAUAA